CAUAGGACUCAGUGCUGAGAGUCAAUGGGGAGAGAGUUAGGAGGUCUCUCCACUCAUCUGUAGGGGGUCUGUGUACAGGGAGUCAAUGUGCAGCUUGGUGUGCCAUGCUUCUAGGUGCCACACUGGGUUAAUACAAUUCCCACUCUUUUACUGAAUGGCAUCUAUUGGGGGCAAACAUGCCCAUAGGAGCGACCUAGCACGACUGCUACAAGAUGACCCAUUACAGCCCCCCCAGCAUGUGGAGCGGAUAAAGAGGAGCAGCGGAGACCUCUACUGGUCCAGGCUAGAGACUCGUGUCUGGUCUGUGACCCUUCUGAUGGGAACAUGUCUCCUCUACUGUGCCCGGACCUGCCUGCCCAUCAGUGUGGUGUCAAUGAGCGGAUACUUUGGCUGGGACAAGCGGCAGUCUGGAUUCGUCCUGGGUAGCUUCUUCUGGGGGUACUGCAUUACCCAGGUAGCAGGGGGACAUCUGAGUGACAAGGUUGGAGGAGAGAAGGUUAUUCUCUUAUCAGCCCUGUCCUGGGGCUUCAUUACGGCAGUCACCCCCCUGCUUGCCCAUGUGACCAGAGACCCCCUCCUCCUGGUCAGUCUUCUACGCUUUCUAAAGGGACUUCUACAAGGUGUGCACUUUCCUGCUCUGGCAAGUCUGUUCUCUCAGCGAGUGCGGGAAAACGAGCGAGCGUUCAUCUGCAGUAUUGUGGGCUGUGGCUCCCAGUUUGGGACAUUACUCAUUGGUGGGGUUGGGUCAGUGUUGCUGGAGUGGUACGGCUGGGAGUCUGUCUUCUAUUUUGCUGGGUUUCUCACCCUAACCUGGGGAUAUUGCCUUAGCACCUACCUACUGAAGAAAGGAGAGAUAUUUCUCACCUUUGAAGACCUGGGGAAGGUAUACUCAAUGUCCGCCCAGACCAGUGUGCCCUGGAGAUGCUUAUUUAGGAAAUUGCCUGUGUGGGCAGUAAUCAUCGCCCAGUUCUGCGUUGCCAGCACGUCCUUCACCCUGUUUUCCUGGGUUCCAACAUUCUUCAAGGAGCAAUUCCCAGAUGCCAAGGGUUGGGUAUUUAAUGUUGUGCCCUGGCUUGUUGCCAUCCCAUCCGGUGUUUUUAGUGGGUUCCUGUCUGACUACCUCAUCACACAAGGUUACAAAACGAUCUGGGUGCGGAAGCUCAUGCAGAUUUUUGGAAUGGGGAUCUCCAGCGUCUUCAUCCUCUGCUUGGCUCACACAAACAGUUAUUGUCAGGCUAUUGUGUUUGCAUCCGUGGCAGUAGGACUGCAAACCUUUAAUCACAGUGGUAUAACAGUCAAUGUUCAGGACCUCGCUCCCUCAUGUGCUGGCUUCCUUUUUGGUGUGGCCAACACAGGAGGAGCAUUACUUGGUGUAGUCUGGGUCUAUCUCUCCGGUUACCUCAUUGAAAGCACCGGCUCCUGGGGACCCAUGUUCCACCUUGUGGUUUCUGUUAACAUUUUAGGUUUAAUUGUAUUUCUGGAGUUUGCCAAAUCUGAGCGAAUGGAUGUGGACAUAAUCCAUAUGUAAAGGGGCGAGAUGAGAUGGAGAAACCAUGGUGGCCUGGGAGUGAGGGGAACUCCAGAACAUUUGUGGUAUCAGGAUUGCCCUCUUGGUCUCUGCCAGCUCCUGGGGACACCAAAACAGCGAAGUCAAUGAAGCAGCCUGGAUUAUAGCACCACAACUGGCAGAUGGGUUACAUUGGCCAUAAACCGAUAAAGAUGCGAACGGGAAGGUACAAUCGCACAAUGACUCCAUGAAAGAUAUAAAGGAGAACUCAGGAGGGCAGAGUUUUUUUGUUUUGUUUUUAAAGAUGUUUUUAAUUUAUUUUAUACACAAAGGACUUGAUAUUAAAAUUGUAUAAGUGUACAUGACUGACAUGACACCCAAUGGAAGCCGACACUGUGAAUACACACACACAUUACAUCAUACAAGUGGAAAUCCUGUCAGGACUCAACACAUUUUGUCAGGUGAAUAAAUGUUUCUUAAUAAUGUUGCAUUGUUAUGGGUUUGUUCUGGAUUAUUUCUAUGCAGUGGUGGAGCUGUGUAUAGUAUAUGCAGUGAUAUACACACCUUACAGUUCUCCUCCAUGUACAGAGAUAUAUACACCUCAUGGGUCU